AUGGACGUGGACAUGGACGUGGACGUGGACGUGACGUGGACGUGGACGUGGACGUAUGGACGUGGACGUGGACGUGGACGUGGACGUGUGGGACGUGGACGUGGACUGGACGUGGACGUGGACGUGGACGUGGACGUGGACGUGGACGUGGACGUGGACGUGGACGUGGACGUGGACGUGGACGUGGACGUGACGUUGGACGUGGACGUGGACGUGGACGUGGACGUGGACGUGGACGUGGACGUGGACGUGGACGUGGACGUGGACGUGGACGUGGACGUGGACGUGGACAUGGACGUGGACGUGGACGUGGACGUGGACGUGGACGUGACGUGGACAUGGACGUGGACGUGGACGUGGACGUGGACUGUGGACGUGGACGUGGACGUGGACGUGGACGUGGACGUGGACGUGGACGUGGACGUGGACGUGGACGUGGACGUGGACGUGGACGUGGACAUGGACGUGGACGUGGACGUGGACAUGGACGUGGACGUGGACGUGGAGGACUUGGACGUGGACGUGGACGUGGACGUGGACGUGGACGUGGACGUGGACGUGGACGUGGACGUGGACGUGGACGUGGACAUGGACGUGGACGUGGACGUGGACGUGGACAUGGACGUGACAUGGACGUGGACGUGGACAUGGGACGUGGACGUGGACGUGGACGUGGACGUGGACGUGGACGUGGACGUGGACGUGGACGUGGACGUGGGACUGGACGUGGACUGGACGUGGACGUGGACGUGGACGUGGACGGACUGGACGUGGACGUGGACGUGGACGUGGACGGACGUGGACGUGGACGUGGACAUGGACGGACGUGGACGUGGACAUGGACGUGGACUGGACGUGGACGUGGACGUGGACGUGGACGUGGACGUGGACGUGGACGUGGACAUGGACGUGGACGUGGACGUGGACGUGGACGUGGACGUGGACGUGGACGUGGACGUGGACGUGGACGUGGACGUGGACGUGGACAUGGACGUGACGUGGACGUGGACGUGGAAUGGACGUGGACGUGGACGACGUGGACGUGGACGUGGACGUGGACGUGGACGUGGACGUGGACGUGGACGUGGACUGGACGUGGACGUGGACGUGGACGUGGACGUGGACGUGGACGUGGACGUGGACGUGGACGUGGACGUGGACGUGGACGUGGACGUGGACGUGGACGUGGACGUGGAUGACGUGGACGUGGACGUGGACGUGGACGUGGACGUGGACAUGGACGUGGACGUGGACGUGGACGUGGACUCGUGGACGUGGACGUGGACGUGCGUGGACGUGACGUGGACGUGGACCGUGGACGUGGACGUGGACGUGGACGUGGACGUGGACGUGGACGUGGACGUGGACGUGGACGUGACGUGGACGUGGACGUGGACUGGACGUGGACUUGGACGACGUGGACGUGGACGUGGACAUGGAUGUGGACGUGACGUGGACGUGGACGUGGACGUGGACGUGGACGUGGACGUGGACGUGGACGUGGACGUGACGUGGACGUGGACGUGGACGUGGACGUGGACGUGGACGUGGACGUGGACCGUGGACGUGGACGUGGACGUGGACGUGGACGUGGACGUGGACGUGGACGUGGACGUGGACGUGGACGUGGACGUGGACGUGGACGUGGACGUGGACGUGACGUGGACGUGGACGUGGACGUGGACGUGGACGUGGACUGGUGGACGUGGACGUGGACGUGGACGUGGACGUGGACGUGGACGUGGACGUGGACGUGGACAUGGACGUGGACUGGACGUGGACGUGGACGUGGACGUGGACGUGGGACGUGGACGUGGACAUGGACGUGGACGUGGACGUGGACGUGGACGUGGACGUGGACAUGGACGUGGACGUGGACGUGGACGUGGACGUGGGACGUGGACGUGGACGUGGACGUGGACGUGGACGUGGACGUGGACGUGGACGUGGACGUGA